CGCGCUGCUGCGGUGCAGAAGCACUUUACCGGCGCCCUCGGCGCCGACGACUUCAUGCUGCGCCUGGAGAAGGCGCUGUUUGCUUUCGGCUUUGCUGGAGACAACUCCAUCGCCAUGGUGAACUUGUGCCGCGAUGAAGUGACCGUCUCCCUGAAGCACCGCAUUGAGCAAAUCUUCGGCUCCUCGUUCUCCACCAACGGCCUGGGCGGCGUGCUGACGUGCGGCGUGACCGGUCUGGGUGCCGGCUUCAGCCACUCGCCGCUGUGCAGCAGCAACAAGGAGCGCUACGUCUUCUUCUCUCUCCCACACAUCAGCAUCAACUCCAGGGGCGAGGUUGGCCCCAUGUCCCGCCCCGGCCGCCCCGGCCAGUCCUGCGCCUGCGGCGCCCUGAUCAAGGCCACCAACGAGAUCAAGAGCGAGGGCCUGACCUGCAACAGCAAGGUCCCCGGCGUCCACGACUUUGCCGACCCUGAGAUGUCGGUGCUGAAGCAGCGCAUUGCGCGGCGGCUGUUCCACGAGGGCGCCACCGAUGAGUCGGUCCAGGGCCUGACCCUGGUGGAUGUGACCAAGGUGGCUGAGCGCACCAUCUCCGACGACCUCGAGCACCUCAUCUCCCAGACCGUGGACACAAGCAAGGCCGACUACGCAGUAAUCACGGGCGUGCAGGUGCACAACUGGGCUUACGAGUUUGAGGACGACUCCCCCAACCUGGAGUUUGUGGCGUCCACCAGCGUGUAUGUGGUGGUUGACGGCGUGAAGGCGCACCUGGACAUCGCCGCCAUUCCGCCCAUGACGCCGCGGCAGAUGCGCAGGGUGGCGGGCCGUGCCGUGGUGUGCGAGCGCGGUGGCGAC